CGCUGAAGACCUGGAAACCAGUCGUUUUAGGAAUAUUUCGAGACCUUCUAGAGAACCUGAGAUGUCUGACGCCGUGUUCUGUGCUAAGUGCCCAGGGGGUAGGUGUAGCUGUACUGGUUCCGGUUGUUGUACCAACAACUGUAGAUGUCCCGGAUGUAAGAUCAACUGCGGAUGCUUCCCGGCAAGGGGUGCUACCUGUCCUGACGGAAUCUGCCAGAUGGGGAUAGCCUGUGGAUGUGGCUGCAAGUGCAGCAGUGCAUGUCAGUGCCCUAACUGCAAGGCCGGAUGUAAAUGCGCAGGAGCCAACUUCGUUUGUUCCGCGGAAUGCCAGACAGGACAAUGUUGCGGAACCAGAUCCUGCAAGUGCAGUGGCAGGUGCGCAUGCCCAACAUGCAGAUGCAACUGCCAAUCUGGGGCCUGCGCUUGUGCCUGUGGCAUGGGCUGCACUGGACCUAAAUCCUGCAGGUGUUCUGGAAGCUGCUCCUGCAAGCAGUAAGAGACGACGUCUCCGGAAAACGUGUCCACUUGUGGGACGGAAUGCCCGAAACAGCUGUUUGUGAACAACGUGAUAAAAACUUUAUAUAAUUCAGUUCGUCUAAUGACAUUUAUUUUCAUUGUUAUUUACAUCUUUCCUUACAACCGGUAAUCUAAAUGACAACUAGUCUUAUUCUUAAAUGAAUUUCUUCUUCUUUUGUGUAAAAUGAAUGAAAAUAAAUUAUGGCAUAUA